UGCGAAACAGUCCUUUGACCAACGUGCAGUUGCAGAACCAGCUCUUUUACUGCAGUUGUGCUUCAAGAAUCUUUACUGAGAAGAUGGGAACACAUUUGAUUUUGGUGGGUCUGCUGUCUAUCUGCAGCCUCUCCUUUGGUCAAGAAUGUAAUCAAGAGCUUCUAGGGAAUGUGGAUUUUCCGGGAACAGACAUCAAAUUCAUCUACGCUGCUGAUGCAGAUCACUGUCAGAGGCUUUGCACCCAGCACCCCUCCUGUCAAUUCUUCACCUUUAUUCGGGCUGACUGGACCAGAGAUAACAGGCACUUCUACUGCUACCUCAAGUCCACGUCCUCUGGACAGCCCAAUGUUCGGACUCCUCUACUGGGUGUCACCUCUGGAUUUUCUCUGAAACCCUGCAACGCAGAUCUACAGCCUUGUUUGCCUAAGGUGUACCACGACACGGACUUCCCAGGUGCAGACUACCGACAGUUGUUCACAGCAGACUAUGAGGAGUGUCAGAGAGCCUGCACACAGGACCAGUCCUGUCAGUUCUUUACUUUUGUAAAUGGGGUGUUCACACCAGAGAAGAUCAGGUACAAGUGUCAUCUUAAAUUCAGCUGGCCAGUACCAAUAACUCCUACUCCAGAAAGAAAGGCUGGUCUAGUAUCUGGAUUCUCCCACAUCUUAGAGAUAACUCAAGAUGUUAGCACAGCAUGUGACGGCAAGCUUUUCCCAAGCACCGACAUCCCAGGAAAUGACGUCUUGGCUCUUCCUACUGUCUCUGUUGAACACUGUCAGGUUUUGUGCUCUUUUCAUUCAAGCUGCACCUACUUCUCUUUUGUCAGUGCUGACUUCAAAUGCUUCCUGAAGUACAACAAAGAUGAAAUGGUGAUCAAAGCGAAAGAUGGAGUCACAUCUGGGAUACCGGCACGCUUCUGUCAGCUGGACACCAAGUGGGUUACGGUGGCACAUGAAGGCGUCGAUUUACGAGGUUCUGACAUUCGUUUUGAGCUGAUGGACGAUGCGGACGCGUGCCAGAGGACCUGUACUGAGGAAACUAACUGCCAGUUCUACACCUACGUCAAUGAAACCUUCUCAGACAGAGCUUACUGGCGCCGCUGCUAUCUCAGGCGUGCCAUCACCCUGCCUGCUCCUCCCAAAGUUACCAAACUGGCCAAUGCGGUGUCAGGCUUCAACCUGAGGAAGUGUGUGACCUGAGGGAGUGCUCUACACACACACACACACACACACACACACACACACACACACAUACAGAUGUUGUUCUGCAGAUGACUCUUUUGUGUAUAAACAAAAGCAAUAAAACAGAAAGAACAUCA